AUGUGUGGAAUUUUAUUGCAUUAUUGCCCACACAAGCAGUUAUCAGAGGAUGAGUUGACGGAAUUCCCAGAAGGUACUGAUUUUGGCAAAACUACAUGUGUCAAUGAAUCGUCCAUUUUCAAUAGAAUUAUUCCGUACAUCGCUGCAAGAGGCCCAAAUUACUCGUCCCUUCGGGUCAUUAAAGCCCACCAAACACGUUGGUUUUCUUCUGUUUUAUCUUUAAGACGGCCCUUCACCAAGCAGAGCAUAAAUGUAGACGACAGAUAUCAUCUACAAUUCAAUGGUGAGUUGUACAAUAAAGAGAUCUCCGAUUGGGACAAUGAUAGUCUAUAUAUUGCCUCGUUAUUGCGGAAUCUGGAAGACGGCAGGAACGUUGUUGAUGUUAUAAGAUCAUUGGAAGGCGAAUAUGCUUACACUGUGUAUGAUGUGAAGUCAUCGAUAUUUUAUUUUGGUAGAGAUCCCAUCGGCAAGCGAAGUCUGUCCUACUCGGUCACCUUGAACAACGAACUAUAUGUAGCCAGUGUCACAGGGGCCGUUGAAGGGUUCCAAGAUUGUAUAGGUGGAGUUGUUUAUGGGUUUGAUACGCGAACUAAAUUGUUAAACGGUAAACAGAGGUUACGUCCUCCAUAUGAAGUGACCUCAAGAAUAGAUCCCGAAUUUGAGUCAUUGUCAAAAAUAUCUAAAAAUCUAUACGAUGUGCUACAUGAUUCUGUAAAAAAAAGAGUAGAGUCAAUACAUCCCGCGCAUAUUGAAAACUCUCCUAUUGCGAUACUAUUUUCGGGUGGCAUCGAUUGUUCGGUAAUAGCAGCGUUGGUUUGCGAAGUACUACUGGAACAUCAUUAUGAAUGUGGGAAGCCGACUAUAGAACUGUUGAAUGUAUCGUUCGAAAAUCCCAGAACAGGUCUUCUGCCCAGUGGCACACCCGACAGGAAACUGUCCAUUAGCAGUGCGAAGAUUAUACAAAAUUUAUACCCGCAGAUCGAUAUUAGGUUAGUUGAGGUCGACGUUCCUUAUGAGAAGUAUUUGAAAUGGAGACCAUAUGUUAUUGAUUUGAUGUAUGCUAAACAGACAGAGAUGGACUUGUCUAUUGCUAUUGCCUUUUUUUUUGCGUCAAGAGGUGAGGGCUUCUUGAAGUUGCCUCAUGGUGAAAGAAAAUCAUACCAGCGCCAGGGUGUAGUGCUACUUAGCGGAUUGGGAGCAGAUGAGCUGUAUGGUGGAUAUCACAAGUUUGCCAAUAAGGCUCACCAUGAACUCGUGAAGGAACUUACGAGGCAGAUAAACAAUAUUUAUGAGCGCAAUCUGAACCGCGAUGAUAAAGUAAUUGCUCAUAAUGGGGUGGAGGUGAGGUAUCCUUUUCUGGAUGAAUACGUGAUAAAUCUAUCCACGCUUGAAAUUCCUAUCAAUUACAAGGUCAACAAAUUGAUUCUCCGCAAAGUGGCUUCGCUAUUUUUGAAAUUGGAUGAAAUAGCAGAGGAACCAAAGAGGGCUAUCCAAUUUGGCGCUAAGAGCGCUAAAAUGACCAAAGAUGGUAAUAAACACGGAACAGACCUAUUAAAGUGA